AGUAAAGACGGACGAGUCUCAACGUAAGGACAUAAAUGACGCAUCAGAAUCAGCUAUUUCGACAGUACACCAAUGUACUAAACAGGACACUAAUGAUGAACGAAAUUAUAAUACAAAAAGUCAAAUAAGUCUCGUUCCAAACUAUGACGAUGAAAGUUCCUCUGACACUGAUGAAAAUAACACAAAUAGGCCUGCACCUGUCACGCGAAAAGCGACUUCAACCUCAAGUUCAUCGAGCUCGACCUCUAGUGCAUCGAGCUCAUCUUCAUCUUCUACCAACUCAUUAUCUUCUGAAAUUCCACAAUCAGAGCCUAGGAACCAACAUCAAACACAUGAAAUCGAUGUUAUUAACUCAACACCGGAAUCAGAACAUAAUAAAAUAACCACCGCACAAGAGGACGGCCAAGUUGAUGCCCAGUGUGAAAGUAAUAGUCGACACGAACGAAUUUGUGCAACAAAUAGACCAAUUGUAGUGUCACCUCAGUACACAGAUGAAAGCGACUUUGAUGACGACAUAGCUGAUCCGACUUACAACUCUGCAGAUAAAUUAGCUAGCACUUCUCACUAUAAAAAAAAGAACUAUUUAUUCCCGCUCCAUUCAAAUCACUCAAGUUCUGACACCGACUCAUCUGACCAGAACACCAAAAAGGGACGCAAAAGGCAGAAACGUCCCAACAAAUGGAAACAAAACCGAGCUAAGAAACUGCGCAAUGAAGGUGAAUCAUACAGAUCCAUGUCCAAGUCUAACAAAGUCAUCUCAGCACGUUUUUUGAAGCUUCCAUGCGUAAAUUGUAAGUUAAACUGUUCUCAACAAUUAGAUGAUAGAGCAAGAUACGACAUUUUUAAUAACUUUUGGAAACUAGGAGAUCUGAGCAAGCAAAGGUUAUUUAUCUAUUCCUGUAUGAUCGAUAUCCAUCCAAAAUAUAAAUAUACCAAUGCUGAAAAUCCCCGUCGUCCAAACAAAGCAUUUUUCUUAACGGUGAACGACCGAAAGAUUAGGGUCUGCAAAACCUUUUUCAAAAAUACUUUGGACAUAACAGACCGCAUGAUUUAUACUGUAAAGACAAAUACCAACGAGAAUGGUUUUGUAUUAGAAGAAAGACGUGGUAAACACGGCCAUAACACAAAAAUAAGUCCCCAACUAGCCGCAGAUAUAAAGAAGCACAUCGACUCUAUUCCUCGUAUGGAAUCACAUUACUUGAGAGCUCAAACUACUAAAGAAUAUAUUGGUGGUGGUAAAACUAUAAAAGACCUGUAUAGAGAUUUCUCAGAAUUGCAAUCGCUAAAUGGCAAAGACUCCGGCAAGUACAUAACCUAUUACAAGAUAUUUACCACUGAGUAUAACAUAAGUUUCUUUAGUCCUAAAAAAGAUCAGUGUGAUCUGUGCACUAGCUAUGAAAAUUCUGAUAACAGUCAAAAAAUUAUUAUAGAAUCUAAAUACAAAAACCAUUUGAAAGAAAAAGAGUUAAGUAGAACAGAAAAGUUAAAUGAUAGAAUGAAUGCUGAUAAUGACAAUAAAGUGGUAGUUUAUGACUUAGAGGCAGUUUUACAAUGUCCUCGAGGAGAUACGUCAGCGUUUUAUUAUAAGUCAAAAAUUAAUAGCUAUAACCUCACGAUGACGGAACUAAACAACAAAGAUACUAAAAAUGCAUACGAUAACGUGCAGUGCUAUUUUUGGACUGAAAUAGAGGCAAAACGUGGAGCAAUUGAAAUCGGCACUUGUGUUUGGGAGUUUUUAAAAAAGAUAAGCUGUGAAGGAGGGAUUGAAGGAAAGAAUGUUAUUUUUUAUUCCGAUAACUGCUGCGGUCAGAACAAAAAUAAAUAUAUAGCAACCCUUUAUCUGUAUGCUGUACAAAUGUUGAAUAUAAAUAGUAUUACUCAUAAAUUCCUCAUUAGAGGGCAUACUCAAAAUGAGGCAGAUAGUGUACAUAGCCUAAUUGAAAAGGAAGUGAAGAAAAAUCUUAAAACGGGGCCAAUUUACACCCCUGACCAGUAUGUGGCUUUGAUUAAGUCUGCAAAAAAAUGUAGUCCACCAAUUAAUGUGCAUGAGAUGACGUACAACAUGUUCGUAGAUCUUAAAAAUCUACAAGAAGAAUGGGGCUAUAAUUACACUAUAAAUAUUGAUGGGGAAACUGUAAAUUGGAAUGAGAUAAAACAGUUAAAAAUGUGCAAGGGUAAUCCUUUUACAUUUUAUUACAAAAACUCGUAUGAGGAUGAAUCUUUUAAAGAAGUGAACGUAAGAAACAAGAGAAAGAAAAUGAAAACCGAGGUGGAUAAUAUUUUGCUUAAACAAGCUUACACAGAAAGGCAAACCUUAAGUGCUAAUAAAAAAAAGGAUUUAAAUGAACUACGGACAAAAAGAUUGAUUCCUUCGUAUUAUGAUUUUUAUUAUAAUACAAUUUUGUAGGAUUUUAUGUACAAACGUUGGAAUAUUUUUAAAAGUUUUUAAUACAUAUUUACUAUGGUAUAUGUUUCCUUACCUUGUUAUUUUGUUAUACUUUAAUUGGCGGAUAGCCUUUGAUGUUAUAUUUAAGUUUAAACGAAGAUUGUAACUAAUUUAGAAUUUGAUUUACCAAAAGACUUAAUUGAUAUUACUUAAGACUUGAUUUACUAAAAGACUUAAUUAUCUAUGAUUACUUAAGAAAGUAACUAGGUAUGUUCAGUUAAUUUUUACCUGAUGUUUAUUUUUGUUACUGAUGUUUGAUUGUUUAUUUUUGUUAUUUAGAAUGGUAAUUAAACGUACAAACCAUUGAUUCCAAUGUUAGUUAAGCAUAAUUUUGAAGUUUAAGAUGUCUAUGUCUAAUUUAAAAAUAAUACGGGUACAAAAAUAGAUACUGAUUAUUUAAUAAAAGUAAUAAUUUUUUUGGAUUACUUCGCAUUUUCUUUGAAACCUUUAUCACUUUUAAAUAUUAAACUGCAACUUUGUGUAAUAAAGCGAAGAUAAACAAAAAUGAAUACAUCGAAAAAGCAAUAAGGCCUAAUUAUUCAAAC